UGCAGUUGUUUAAAAAAUAAUACAAUAUUUGAGUAUAACUGUACAGUUGAAAGUAGUUUUAUUAUUUUAUUGUUUUGUGGAUAAGCUCAGUUGUUAAGCAGUCCAAUGGAAUUCUCAAUUGCUUUAUUAUUGACUACAUUUAUAGUGCUUCAACACACAAAUUGUGUUGUAUUCAACAUGCAUGCAUGUACUGCAGAUUUUUGUAAAAGCUACCGAGAAACAGUCGGCUGUGAGCGUCUACCAAAGCCAUGUGAAAUACAAAAUCGAACGCACAAUGGAAUCAUUUUUAAUUCUCAAACUCCAUGUGGUUGCUGUGAAAUGUGUUUAACGAACCUUAUAGAGGGCGAUUAUUGUUCAAAGGGAAUGCCCGGCUCACCGAUGCCCGAUUCAAUUUGCGGCGAUGGACUGUAUUGUACAAUGAAGAAAGGCAAUCAGCAUCCAACAUGCGAAAAGAUGUACGAAACAAGUCGUUGUUAUCAAGCAAAACGCAAAUUUAAUGACGACUUGAGGAAUGGUUUGAUUGGACAUUUACAGCAACCGCCUAGUUGCGAUGGCGAUGGCAAUUACAAUCCGAUUAUUUGCAUUCCAGGUCAAAAUUGCUUCUGUGUCAACGAGAAAGGAACGAGAAUUUUCGGCGAUAGCGUUCAUCAAAGGAAUAUUGAUUACAUCAUGCACUGUGGCUGCUCGAGGAUGAAUGAUAAAUUAAAGGACUUAGUUAAACAGAGAUUUCCAUUUUUUACUACGCGCUGUAAAUCCGAUGGCUCAUUUGAGCCGCUUCAGUGCUUUGACAAUUUAUGUUUGUGCAUCGAUGAGCGUACGGGAUCACCGACAUCGGACAUAAAAAAUUUGACCAUGAAUGUAAAUGGGGAUGAAGCAACAGCACUAUUGGGAUUACGUGAUUUGCCAUGUUAUGAUGAAAAAAUACACCUCGAUGAAUUCAAUUAUGCUCGACCAUGCGAAAUUUUAAAACGUCGCUUAAUUAACACAAUUUUGGAAUCAAAACUCGGCGAAUUUAUUGAUGCGGAAAGUCAUGUGGAUGUUUGUGAUCCAGACGGCUCAUUCAAAUCCGUCCAAAUAGAUGAUUUAUUGACUUUUUGUGUCGACCAACGCGGCAAUAGAAUCGAGGAUUUUGUUGUUGAGAAAAACAGCUACGAUGCUCAAAACAUGAAUUGUAAAUGUGCACGUGCUCGACAGUUGCUGAUGGAUAACAAUUAUUUAGAACUUCCUGAAUGCUGUCCAAAUGGAAAUUACAGAAAAGUUGCAUGUCGACGAGGCUUUUGUCACUGUGUCGAUGUCAAUGGUCUACAAGUGUCACUGGAAGUAAUUGAUAUGCAAAAAAUUAAAUUGCCAUGUUUUCAAGAUCAAUGUUGAUAGAGUUACUGUAAGAAAUAAUAAAGAAAUAUUCAAGGAUAAGUAUAGACAUAAAUUCUCUUUUUUUUUUGCUGCUAUGUCCUCGACGCUUUAUAUCCA